AAUAUUUAAUAUUUUUGAUAAUUAUUAAUAUUAGAAUUUAAAUAAACACAAAUAAUUGCUUUUAUUAUUAAUUAUUUUAAUUCAACGAAAGACUGACAAAUUUUCUAAUGUGAAAUGUUUGUUAACCUUAUUUGACAUUGAAGAAUCGAAUAAGAAACAAAAAAAAAAAGAGAGGAAGAGUGCCACGAAAAAAAACUACCCACCAAAUUUUGCUUCCCCUAAUAAAAAUAAAAUAAAUAAUUGAAAGUGGAGUAAGCGCCAAUGCACAAACUAAAAAAGAAAAAACAUUGUAAAAUUUAUAUUAAUAGUUUUUAAUAUGAAUUUUUCAUUAAAAACUACAAAUAAAAUCUUGUGCAAAAUAUCUUUCAUGGCAGUAAAAGAAACCAAUUAAUGUUUGCAAAAAAAAAAUCGGAUGUGUUGUGUAAUCGAGUAAGAUACUAAAUAAAUUAAAAUAAAUUAAUUUUAUAUAAAAAAGCAAAAAAAGCAACAAUAUAUGUACAUGAUAUGUAAAACAAAUCACACGUCUUUGCAGUAGCAGCGAUUGUCUCAGUAACAACAACAACUUGUACCAGCUGAACGAUAUUUUUUUUUUCUUUUUGUGAUAUUCUAUAAAAAUAGCAUACAGAGCGCAUCUCAAUAUCUUUAAAAAAAUUUUAAAUUAAAAAUCAUCUGCAAGUAACACAAAAUUUUCCACACGACAAAUACAAACAUACGAUAUGGACAAGUAGACAAUAAAUAUUUAAUAUUAUUUAGUUGUGUUUAGUUGACAUUCAUCUAAAAUAAAUAUUUUUGAUCUUCUUAAGCCAACGACUUAAUAUUUAUCUUCCAUUGAAAUAAUUGAAUAUAAAUAAAGAAAGGAUUUCUUCAACUUCCUAAAAAGUGUGUUUAGGCUUGACUAAAAUAGUUUUAUUUACAACAACAAAAUCGUCAAAAUUCCACUAGAAAAAAUGGCUAAAGAUGAAGAGGAUGAUCUUUUACCUGAUAAGGAUGCUGCAAAAGGAUUUUAUGCGAAAUAUGAACCGAAAGAAAUUCUUGGCAGAGGCAUCAGCUCAACAGUACGUCGUUGCAUUGAGAAGGAAACUGGUAAGGAAUUUGCUGCAAAAAUCAUUGAUUUGGGUGCAGCCACUGAGGCUGGAGAAACAAAUCCAUAUCACAUGCUCGAAGCAACAAGACAAGAAAUCUCAAUACUCAGACAAGUUAUGGGGCAUCCCUAUAUAAUCGAUUUACAAGAUGUCUUUGAAUCAGAUGCUUUUGUAUUCUUAGUAUUUGAAUUAUGUCCGAAGGGUGAAUUAUUUGAUUAUCUUACUUCUGUAGUUACAUUAUCGGAGAAAAAGACUAGAACAAUAAUGCGCCAAAUAUUUGAAGGCGUUGAAUAUAUACACUCAAAAAAUAUAGUCCAUCGUGAUCUUAAACCUGAAAAUAUAUUAUUAGAUGAAAAUCAUAAUGUAAAAAUAACAGAUUUCGGUUUCGCAAGACUUCUUAAAGAAGGUGAAAAAUUAUCAGAUCUUUGUGGUACACCGGGUUACUUAGCGCCAGAAACACUGAAGUGUAAUAUGUUCGAAGGUUCUCCUGGUUAUUCCAAAGAAGUUGAUAUUUGGGCUUGUGGUGUAAUUAUGUUCACAUUACUGGUAGGUUGUCCGCCAUUUUGGCAUCGCAAACAAAUGGUAAUGCUUCGAAAUAUUAUGGAAGGCAAAUAUAGUUUUACAUCACCCGAAUGGGCUGAUAUAUCAGAGGAUCCCAAAGAUCUAAUACGGAAAUGUCUAGUCGUAGAUCCCGCGCAAAGAAUCACAGUCAAGGAAGUCUUAAGGCAUCCAUUCUUCAAUCAAAUGUUAUUCGAGCAAAAUAUAGAUGGACUUAAGCGCAGCUUAUCGACCAAAUCUAGGAGAAUGAGUCGUAUCACAGAAAUUGCACUGGUAACGAAACGUUUCUGGACACAAAACUACUGUUUCGAUAACAUUAAAAAAAGAGUUUUACUUCCUGAACCGACAAGCGAUGGACGUACUACGUAUCAACUUAAAUCACAAAGCAUACGCAAUUCGGAUAACAAUAAUAUUACCAAUAAUAAUUACUCAUUAAAGGUCUAUUUUAAUAAAUUGAUACCCACUAAUCGCACGCCGAUUAGUUCAAAUCUGCUUAAUAAUAAUGUAGGGUAUAAUUCCAAACUGCCUGCUGUGUCAGCAGGUAAUACAUUCCAAACAAACAGUAUUGUUGGUUCAACGGCAACGGCAACGACAUCUUCAUAUAAUCAAUAUGAGAAGCAACAACAGCGAAUGCAACCUCAGUUUCGAACGCCCUACCAACAAGAACAACAGCAAAAUCAAAUCCGAAACCACCAGCAGCAACCGCAAUCAGGGCAAAAUACAUUCCUUACUUCAGCUGAUUUUUCAGAGCAAAUUCUUAAUGCACAACAGUUGCGGAAACAAAGUCGUUUCAAUGCACGCAAAAAAUUCCAAUAUGUUAUAUUGGUGGUACGUGCCAUGAUAAGAAUACGACGCCUGCGUUAUACAGCUGAGCCUCUGCAUGUGGAGGAUGCCAUACGGGAUCCAUACAGGGUUAAAGUGCUGCGCAAGGUUAUUGAUGGCUGUGCCUUUAGGGUCUAUGGUCACUGGGUAAAGAAGGGAGAAGGUCAAAAUCGUGCAGCUCUCUUCGAAAAUACUCCAAGAACCGAAUUGCAUGCAUUAUAUAUAAAUAACCUAAGCCGAUAGCUUAACUAAUAAUAAUAAAAAAAAAAAACUAAUUAAAUUUAAUGAUCAUAAAGUAUGAGAAUUAUUUUUGAGAAAAAUUUUAUAGUUCUAUUAAAAUUCUGUUGUUAGUUCCAAAUAAAAAGUUGAGCUUAAUUACAAAUAUAUACAUAUAUAAUAUAUAAAGAUAAUAAAAAUUAAGCAUAUUAUGAUUUACAUUUUGUAAAUUGUAUAAAUGAUUGCUUAGGUUUAGUGCAAGAAAGCAAAACAUCCUAUUAAUUUUUAGUGCUUU